CUCCCCCGCCCGCCCGCCUGUGCCCCUCUCCUCCCCCUCCCCUUCCACCAUGGCCGCCUCUGUGUGCUGUAAGGAGCAGCAGGUCCCCCGUGCCCCCUUAUAGCGCUCAUAGCCCCUCCCCAGCCCCCUAGGGGCCGGAGCCAGAGGGGUCCCACUCCCCAUACCCUAGGGGCAGGAGCCAGAAAGGUUUGCCGCCCCCCCAUCUCGGACAGGACUCCCCCCACUCCCAGCUUAGGGGUCAGAAACUUAGGGGUUCCUUUGCCCUCCCAGGGGCAGGAGCCAGAAGAAUCGCCCCCCGCCCCUGCUGGGACAGGACCCUUCCCUUGCCUUCACUCCCUAACCUUAGGGAGAAGAACUAAAGGGGUUUCCCCUCCCCACCGCAGGGGCAGGACCCAGAGGAAUCACCCCUUUCUCCCCCCCACCCCAGGGGCAGCCUCUUUCAGAGGAGGGGGUGGGGGGGGCAGGGACCCUUCCCCUCUCUCCCCCCCAACCUCUCUCCUGCCUUCCCCCCCUCGUGGUCCUCUAGCACCCCCCUAGUUCCCCAUUUCUAGGCCUUCUUCCCCCACGCCUCCCAUAUCUCCCCACUUCUCCUGGCUCCAGCCAUGGAGAUACAGAAGGGAAAGGGGGGAGCAGCAACAGCUGCUUCGGGAACAGCAGCGGGAGGUGGAGGAGCGGGAGCAGGAGCCCCAGGAGGGGGGAGGCUGCUACUUUCCACCAGUUUGGAUGCCAAGGAUGAGUUAGAGGAGCGUUUGGAAAGGUGCAUGAGUAUUGUGACAUCAAUGACCGGUGGUGUCUCCGAGAGAGAGGCCAAUGAUGCCCUCAACGCCCAUGUGUGCAAAGGUCCUCCCCAGCAUGAAGAGAUCUGCCUAGGACUCUUUACCCUUGUUCUUACAGAACCCAGCCAAGCUCAGAAGUGUUACCGAGAUUUGGCCCUAGUUAGUCGGGAUGGCAUGAACAUCGUCCUCAACAAGAUCAAUCAGAUCCUUAUGGAGAAGUAUUUGAAGCUGCAAGAUACCUGCCGUACCCAGUUGGUGUGGUUGGUCCGGGAAUUGGUGAAAAGUGGGGUUCUAGGAGCUGAUGGUGUCUGCAUGACAUUCAUGAAGCAGAUUGCAGGUGGAGAUGUGACUGCAAAAAACAUUUGGCUGGCAGAAAGUGUUCUGGAGAUCCUGACAGAGCAGAGGAGUGUGGGCAGAUCUGGACCGAGCAGAAGUACCAUUGUCCUCCCUGCCUUCCUGCCUUCCUGCAGAGAGUGGGUGCUGAAGAGCAGCAUUCUUAUUGCCAUGGCGGUGUAUACCUACCUGAGGCUCAUUGUAGACCACCAUAGUACAGCCCAGCUUCAGGCUCUUCGACAAAAGGAGGUGGAUUUCUGCAUCUCACUGCUUCGGGAGCGGUUCAUGGACUGCUUCAUGAUUGGCCGGGACCUGGUGCGCCUCCUGCAGAAUGUUGCUAGGAUACCAGAGUUUGAGCUGCUAUGGAAAGACAUUGUUCAUAACCCUCAAGCCUUGAGCCCCCAGUUCACAGGCAUCCUCCAGCUCCUCCAGUCAAGAACAUCCAGAAAGUUCCUGGCUUGCCGCCUCACCCCGGACAUGGAGACCAAACUCCUCUUCAUGACAUCCCGGGUACGGUUUGGCCAACAGAAGCGAUACCAGGAUUGGUUCCAGCGGCAGUAUCUGUCCACCCCAGACAGUCAGUCCCUGCGCUGUGAUCUGAUUCGCUACAUCUGUGGUGUGGUCCACCCAUCCAAUGAGGUGCUGAGCUCAGAUAUUUUGCCUCGUUGGGCUAUCAUUGGCUGGCUCCUGACCACGUGCACGUCCAAUGUUGCAGCCUCCAAUGCCAAACUGGCUCUGUUUUACGACUGGCUCUUCUUUAGUCCAGACAAGGACAGCAUCAUGAACAUAGAACCAGCCAUUCUGGUCAUGCAUCACUCCAUGAAGCCCCACCCAGCCAUCACUGCCACACUCCUGGACUUCAUGUGCCGGAUCAUUCCCAACUUCUAUCCCCCACUGGAAGGCCAUGUUCGACAGGGUGUCUUCUCUUCUCUCAAUCACAUUGUGGAGAAGCGGGUCCUGGCGCACCUGGCUCCCCUGUUUGAUAACCCUAAGCUGGAUAAGGAGCUUCGUGCCAUGUUGAGAGAGAAGUUUCCUGAGUUUUGCAGCUCACCCUCCCCACCUGUGGAAGUUAAAAUUGAAGAGCCGGUUUCCAUGGAGAUGGAUAAUCACAUGUCAGACAAAGAUGACAACUGCUAUGACAACGCCGAAGCGGCCUUCAGCGAUGAUGAGGAGGACCUCAGCAGCAAAGGCAAGAAGAGAGAAUUUCGCUUCCACCCCAUCAAGGAGGCAGUAGUGGAAGAGCCGAUUGACAUCACCCCUUACCUGGAUCAGCUGGAUGAGUCUCUGAAGGACAAAGUGCUCCUCCUGCAGAAGGGGAGUGACACAGAGGCCCAGUGUGAAGUCAUGCAGGAAAUCGUGGACCAAGUCCUGGAGGAAGACUUUGACUCAGAGCAGCUGUCCGUGCUGGCCUCCUGCCUCCAGGAGCUCUUCAAGGCCCACUUCCGAGGAGAGGUGCUGCCCGAGGAGGUCACUGAAGAGUCUCUGGAAGAAUCCGUGGGGAAGCCCCUUUACCUAAUAUUUAGGAACUUGUGCCAGAUGCAGGAGGACAACAGCAGCUUCUCUCUGCUCCUGGAUCUUCUGUCUGAGCUCUACCAGAAACAGCCCAAGAUUGGCUACCACCUGCUCUACUACCUGAGGGCCAGUAAAGCGGCUGCAGGGAAGAUGAACCUCUAUGAGUCGUUUGCCCAGGCCACACAGCUGGGUGACCUUCACACCUGCCUGAUGAUGGACAUGAAGGCCUGUCAGGAGGAUGAUGUUAGGCUGCUGUGCCACCUCACUCCUUCCAUCUACACAGAGUUUCCAGAUGAAACCUUGAGGAGUGGGGAGCUCCUCAACAUGAUUGUGGCUGUGAUUGACUCAGCACAACUGCAGGAAUUGGUCUGCCAUGUGAUGAUGGGGAAUCUGGUCAUGUUUCGAAAGGACUCUGUCCUCAACAUCCUCAUCCAAAGCCUAGACUGGGAAACCUUUGAGCAGUACUGUGCCUGGCAGCUCUUCUUGGCUCACAACAUCCCCUUGGAGACCAUCAUCCCCAUUCUGCAGCAUCUCAAAUAUAAGGAACACCCUGAGGCUCUAUCCUGCCUGCUGCUUCAGCUCCGGAGAGAGAAGCCUAGCGAGGAGAUGGUGAAGAUGGUUCUGAGUCGGCCUUGCCACCCCGAUGACCAGUUCACCACCAGCAUCCUCAGACACUGGUGCAUCAAGCAUGAUGAGCUGUUAGCAGAGCAUAUCAAGUCCCUGCUUAUCAAGAACAACAGCCUCCCCCGAAAGAGGCAAAGCUUGAGAAGCUCUAGCAGCAAGCUGGCCCAGCUGACCCUGGAGCAGAUCCUGGAACAUCUGGAUAACCUUCGUCUCAAUCUGACCAACACCAAACAGAACUUUUUCAGCCAGACCCCAAUCCUGCAGGCUCUGCAGCACGUUCAGGCAAGCUGUGACGAGGCCCACAAGAUGAAGUUCAGUGACCUCUUCUCCUUGGCUGAGGAGUACGAGGACUCUUCCACCAAGCCUCCCAAGAGCCGUCGAAAGGCUGCUCUGUGCAGCCCCCGGAGCCGAAAGAACGCCACACAGCCCCCCAACGCGGAGGAGGAGUCGGGCUCCAGCAGUGCUUCGGAGGAGGAAGACACAAAACCCAAGCCUACCAAGAGGAAAAGGAAAGGAUCGUCUGCAGUGGGCUCAGACAGUGACUGAGGCCUGCCUGCCCUUCUACCCCCAUCCCCCAGGACUUAUUAGGGCUGCCCUCCCCCUUUCCCCUACUGGAGAGUCACAGGUUAAGGGGAGCUUUGGGGGUCAGUUCUGAGCUGCCCUAUCCCCAGUUUUCACGUUGGGGGAAAAGGGGGAAGCUUUUUGAUCUAGUUCAGCCCAAACAGCUGCUGCCCCUUGCUUCCCUGCAGAGCCUGCCCUCCCCUCAGGACAGUAGCAACCCCUUGUCCUAUCCCGACCCCCCAGGGCCUCCAGGCUGGGCUUCUGGCCCUCCCACAUGGACACCUGGGUCCCUGCUGAGGCCAUGAUCCACUCAAAUCAAUGAUCUGUUGUGAGAGUCCCCAGCUUCCUGCAGAGCUGUUUUAGCAGAAAAAGGUGACUGCCUAAAGACAGAAGACCAAAAUGGAGAGUUUGAAGUGUUCCCCUUUUUCAAGCAUGUUGUGCUAGAGGCAGGCAUAUUUUCCUACUCUUGUGUCUGAAUGAAAUGAGUAUUUCCUCUGUGAAUAUGGCCGCCCUGGAGCACCAAACGCUGUGUCUUGGCCCUAAAGACUCCCAGGCUUUGUCGGCUGGGGGAGAUCCCUGAGGGUGCCAUGCUCUCAGCUCUCCUCGAGGUCCCUGGGAGCCCUGAGGAAGGGGCCUGAGGGAUAGGCUUCAGGGCUUGGGUGAGCUAACAGUCCCUGGGAAAGUAGCCUUCAGCACAUCAGUGUGAGGCAGGCUGCCACCAGUGGAAAUGCGUGAAGAACUCGAGAGGCAUCUGUGUGUAUGUUGCCCCACCUGGGGCUAACUGAAGAGCCUCUGGAAGGACUGGGGAAGAAUGGUUCCCUUUCCUCACUGGUUCCUCUUAUCCCUUCUUUGGCCAGAGACAUUAGUGUUUUUAAAGGUGUUUUUAAAUGACAAUAAAACAAAUGGGAACCUGUUUUGUACAAAAGCCACCGACCACACCUGCCCCUGGCCUCUGCCAGAGGACUGGUUUCUUGCACUUCUGCCCUUAGUACUAUCAGGGAUGCUCUAGCUCCGUGAGGUGGGCUGAUGGAGCUGAACCCAACUCUUCUAGGUGAUUUCUGGUCCAUGCUCCUCAUUUCUUCUUUUUUUUUCAUUUCUUCCUAUCAACUUCAUUCUUUCCAGCCCCUGUUCUGUCCUGUUUUCUUUCCUCCUUUCAUCUCCCCACUUUUUGUUAUGCACUCAUCCAAAGGGUGGCCAAGUGCACAUACCCGGGUGUUACUGAUGCUAUCUAGGCCUGUGAGAUGGGCAUUCAGAAGCCCCACGUUCACUUCCAAACAGGCAGUUCUAGUGUUUACUUCUUGUUCCCAUUGGAGCAAAAGUUGGAUGGUUUAGUAUUGAUAUCUAGUAUGGCUGUAGACCCGAUCCUUGUUAAAAUUCGUCUUAGGCUUGAUGAUUCCCUUUUCCUGAAAUAAUAGAUUCCCCAGCUGUGGGUUAUUUCUCCUGGUUAAGAGAUUGGAGCAGUGGGCUGCUUGGCGGAUCUGAAGAUGUGCCACGCCUCUGCUCCCCUUUCUAAAUCUACAGACACAGCUGAGUUUCCCUACAUCGACCAUAGGUGAUGAAGCCUUUGGGCAUCGCCAAAUGGAGAAAUAAAAAACGCCUUUGGGCCACUUAAAUUCUU